UUGAUUGAUUGAUUUAUUGAUCGAUUGCAGACCCGAGGUACCUGGAAAGAAGGAUGAGAGGAAGAGGAAGACGAACUACGACCAGGAGAUGGUCAGCAAGAAUGUCAAGUAUGAGGAUAGCAGUAAGGGAACAGAGCCAAUAGAUCUGGUAAUAUUAGGGAUUCCAUGGAAGGCAACGGAGGAGGAACUUAAAGAAUAUUUCUCCCAGUAUGGUGAGGUAGAUAUGCUGGAUAUAAAGUGUAAACCUAACGGAGAAUCCAAAGGAUAUGGUUUUGUCAAGUUCGUUUGUAAAGAACCUGAGGCUAAGGUAUUGAUGACCAAACACAGAAUCCUCGACAGAUGGUGUGAGGUCAAGAUCCCUGAAAGUAAGUCUGGUGGACAGAAGCAGGACACUAGAUCUUCCUGUAAGGUAAUGUUCACUGAUUUAGGGGUAUAUAUUCUCCUCAGAAAUACUAAACCCCACCUUCUUCAAAAAUAUAUUCCCCUCUUUUUUUUGUCAGAGAGUAUCAGUAAAGAAGAUUUGAAGGAUCAUUUUGAGAAUUUUGGAACAGUUACAGAUGUGUACAUUCCUCAGCCUUUCAGACGAUUUGCUUUUGUUCAGUUUUCCGAUUCCGAUGUUGCUCAUAGUUUGCUGGGGAUGGAACACGAUAUUAAGGGACACACUGUUAGUAUAGGAUCUGCUGUACAGAAACCUCACAAGGACAAUAAGGAGUCUGGUAGUGGUGGCGGUGAGUUCAGCGGGGGCGCUAACUACGGAGGAGGCGGAGGUCCUGGCUACAACAGCGGAGGCGCUGGAUAUGGUAGAGGGGGUGGUGGAGCCGGAUACGGCGGAGGUUCCUACAACAAGUUUGUAGAGAUGGCAGCUAGAUGGGCUCUCGAAGGGUACGGAAAUCCUGCCCUUGGAUAUGGUGGCGGAGGAGGCGGAAGCAGUGGCGGAGCUUGGAUGGGUGGUGGCGGAUUCUCUUCUGGAAAUAGCUGGGAUAAAUACAGAGGAGACCGAGGAGGCAAUUAGAUCGCAUGUAAGCCUUUAAUGAUAAUUUGCGAAGGUAAAGUAUAUUCUCCUUCUACUGCGCAAACCUGGUGUUUGUUUAGUGCGACAUAGUUUGUUAGUAAACAUUGUGUACUGCGCUAACAUCAGAAUAGUAAACAUUGUGUACUGCGCUAAUGUUUGUUCGAAAAAAAAGAGCGUCUACUGUACUGCAUUGUGAGAAGUUUUAACAGUGCUUUGUAUAACAGAUUGGUUUGUUUUAUUUGUAAACAUUUUGUACUGCACAAUCUGUAUUGUGUACUGCAGCGGUGUGUGUACAUGUACUGUUGAAUGUAGUGCCGUAUGUAUGUAACGUAAAACUUUUUUUUGUGCUACGAUUAUAUAUAUAUAUUUUGUUGCAAUUAGUAUCAAUUUGUUUUACACAUUUUCUGUGGUUUUUUGCUCUGUUCGCGGUUGUGUGUAAAAUGAAUUAGUUAAUUUGUAAAUAAACAUUACGUACUGCAGUUGUGUGUACUGUGCACUGUACGAGUGCGAGAAUUUCUAAAAUUCGUGUUUUUUGUUCUACGCUUAAUUAUUUAUUUUUUGCGGUUAGUUGCAUUGUUAGUAAACAUUGUCUUCUGCAGUGUUUGUGAAUAUUUUGCAGCAAUUCUGUGGAGAUCUUUAGAAGUAUGUAUGUAUGUUCUAAUGCUAAUAAAAAAGUGCGUUUUUGU